AUGGCACUUAAUCCACCUAUUGUAGAUCCUUCUCAGGAUCCUACUUUACCUUUCUACUUACAUCCGUCAGACAAUCCUGGUAUGAAGUUAGUUUCUGAAAAAUUUGAUGGAAAUGCUUAUGGUGAUUGGAAGAGGUCAAUGUUGAUUAGUUUGUCAGCCAAAAACAAGCUAGGUUUUGUUGAUGGAUCGAUUAUUAAGCCUGCUCCUGAUUCACCUUCUCUUCGUGCUUGGGAGAGGUGUAAUAGCAUGAUUAUAUCUUUGAUGUUAGGUGUUUUAGAUCAAAAUCUUGCUCGAAGUGUGCUCUAUUUCUCCACUGCUAGAGAAAUCUGGCAAAACUUAGAAGAACGAUAUGGUGCAUCCUCUGGAACAAUGCUGUUUGCUCUUGAACAUGCUAUCACUGAGAUUAAGCAGGGAACAGAUGAUGUUUCUACGUUUUACACCAAAAUCAAGAGGUUAUGGGAUCAGUUGGAUGAUGUAGAUCCUUUACCUCUAUGUCAUUGUGCUAAUUGUACUUGCAAUAUAGCUCAACGCUUGCUUAAGUCUCAACAAGACAAACGUCUAGUGCAGUUCUUGAUGAAACUGAAUGAUGGCUUUGAAGUGGUUAGAGGCAGUAUUCUCUUGAUGUAG